GUCGUUACCAACCACAUCAAAAUGACGACGCCAACGCGCCAGCUGGUCCUGGGAUUCGAUCUGAGCACGCAGUCGUGCAAAGCGGUUGUUGCAGAUGCCGCUGAUCCCGGCACCGUCCUGGCCGAGGUUUCGGUCAACUUCGAGACGGAUCUCCCCGAGUACGCGACCACCAGCGGUUUCCAGAAGUCCGUGGACAUUGAGGGCAACGAAGUGGUGCAAUCCCCAGUGCUGAUGUGGGUGGAGGCGUUUGAAACGUGCCUAAAACAGCUGAUGAAAAAGCAGCACGACGACCACGCUUUGUUUUCCUUUGCAGAGAUCGUGAGAAUAACCGGCGCCGCGCAACAGCACGGAACCGUGUACCUCAAUGCGUCGGCGGAGGAGUCCGGCCUGGACGAUGCUUAUUUCGCAGGUGGAGGUGUUGACCUUGACUCGUCUAGUAGCGCAAAAGGUCCUCGUGCGGCAACAUCUUCCACACCGUCCUUGAAAGAGUUGGUGGCGCCCUACCUGUACAAGACGGAGAGCCCGAUCUGGAUGGACAUGUCAACCACCAAGGAAGUGACCAGCCUGGAAAACCGGUUCGGGUGGGAGCACCUGACGCAUACUACCGGUUCCCGAGCCUACGAGCGCUUUUCGGGGCUACAAAUCGCGAAGUACGUGCGACAAGGCCGAGUUCUUACUGCUGGUGCUUCGACGGGGGAUGAAAACGGAGACGGUCAUCAAAAUCGACCCACAACUUCGGGUCGUCUCGCGAAGGUGCAGCUGAUUUCCAAUUUUAUGUGCAGUCUGUGCACAGGACAUUGGAGAAUAAAGACGGAACUCUCAGACGCAGCAGGCAUGAACUUGCUGAAUUUGCACACACGGAAAUACGAUUCGGAAAUUCUGGAACACUUUGAAGUGCCGAAAUCUUUGUUGACGGUGGAAUCGGACGAGGAAAGUAAAGACAGUAAAAGCGAAGACCACGACAUUGCGCCCGGUGAGGCUACCUACCCUGUGUCCAAGUACCUCGCGACCAAAUAUGGUUUUUCAAACCCUGCCUGUAAAGUCCAACCGUGGACCGGGGACAACUGCAGUGCGAUUGUGGGCGCGCAACUUUUCCACGACGACCACGCCAUCGUCAGCCUGGGCACGUCGGAUACGCUUCUGUUUCUCCUUCCGAAAGGCUGCGUAAAUUUGUCGGAAAAGAAGUUUGCGAGGAUUCUCCCCUAUGGCCACAUUUUUCCGCACCCGGUUUUGACCGAUCGGUACUUCUUCAUGCUGUGCUACAGCAACGGGGACGUGUGCCGCAAGGCCGUCCGAGACGCCUGUGCCGGAGUCGUGCGAGAAGAUAAAAAUGGCGUGGUGGAUCUUCUGAACAACGCGGAGUUCCAGUUUUUUCCAGCUGAAAAGGAAAACAAGCUGAGGCGAGAUCAUGACCCAGUAGGCGCAGUGGAUGGCGCACCAACAGAGGCACCAGGGCCACCACGACCUGUUUCGUCGAGCACGACAACCCAAGGCUGCGCAGUGGGCAACGAAGCGUCACCCGUAGAAGAAGACCACCCUCUCAGCGCUGCUCCUGCGGCUCUUGAAGUAGAUGCGAGCAGGAAUCCCCCCGCGGCCGUCGUGACGGAGCACCGCUCCACUUCCAACUCUUCCAGUAAGCGCUCUCGGAGCGGGUUGGUGGAGGUCGUUGCGGUGUCCAGUCCCAGCAUGGGCCACUCCGACGAGUGGGACGAAGCUUUGACCCCCGCGCAGAAGCAGGUUCAGUCCUGGGAAAAAUUCGAUCACUUGGUGGCCAGCACAGGGCCCGGAGGUGGAGCGGCUCCGGCUGCCGCAGAUGCGUCCUCAUCUCCGGAGUCACUGUACGUCGCCGGGUUUCUGCACGUGGACGAAAUUUGCCCACCCGUGAAGACUUUCUCGAGCACGCGUGCUGGUGCAGGUGUGCAGACCACACCAUCUUCGAGGUUUCGACAGCAAGUGCCAGCGGUCUUUGCUCGAAAAUCUUCCGGGAGUGGUGGAACUGACAGCGAUAAAAAUUGGGAGAUCGAGGAAGAGGAAAAUCCCUUCGAUGGGGUCUCCCCCGGUGUUUUUUGCCGCGGUGUGUUGGAGGCGCGGGCCAUUGCGAUGGCAGCGCACGCCAGGGCCUGCAGCGCCACAGCUGCAGCUGGGUCCUCAUCAAGCCCGUCGUCUGCACCAGCAGCUGGUCAUGGCGAAGAGCAGCGCUCACCACUUUUCAAGUGUAUUACGGUCGCAGGCGGGGGCGCGCGAAACGAAAAAUUUCUGCAAAUACUUGCGAACGUUUUCCAGUGCAGGAUAGUUCUGAAUCCAAACGCAGCGAAUCUGUGCGCCAUGGGCUCCGUGUACAGAGGCUGUAUAGCUUUAGAUGGCGGCCAGAGCCUCACACGGUCCGCUACAGGAGCAGCUGCGACCACGUCCACGAGCUGCCAUACGACCAGCAGCGUCGAGCCUGACCCGGCACUGGCGGGUACCUACGCGGAGAUGGUCCGCGGCUAUACACAGCUUGAAACAGAACUUUUACGGCGCUAUUCUCGCAGGGUCUGAGGUUCACACUGUUACUCUGGAAUGCUGGUGGAUUGUUCCUGACUCGUCUGAGUUAUCUGACUAAAAAUUUUUCUUUCAACCCCGGGAAAGCAGCAGGUCAAGUACCCUGCGUUCGUUGCGCGACAUCAAACCAACUGCGUCAAAAUAGCGCCGAAUGCUAUCGGCAGUAUCUGC